UUACGCCUUUUUAUCAUGAGACACAUGCAGAGCUGUACCCGGGCCACACCCUGUGUUGGCAGCGGAGUAAAGCAAUGCAUUGUUAGGCGUCAUCCAAGCACUCGGGCUGUUGGAGCGUGCAAAAAGCGAAUCCCUGAGAGAGAGGUACAGGCAGCAAAACCCAAGGUGGCAAGCCCAGCACAUCUCGACCUACUGCCAAACGAACGCAUGGCAUAUUUUCAUCUCUUAGAAACUGAAGUGAUUCAAGAUUUCCUUUCAAAAGAUGUCUGCUUAAGGAUUUCAGACAAGUAUCUUUUAGCCAUGGUUCUAGCCUAUUUUAAGAGGGCAGGAUUGGACAUAAGUGAAUAUACAACUACAAACUUCUUCCUUGCUCUAUAUCUGGCAAAUGACGUGGAAGAAGAGAGUGAUCACAAAUUUGAGAUCUUCCCCUGGGCCCUAGGAAAAUUUUGGCGUGAACUUUAUCACCAUUUUUUAAGAGUUCGCUUUAACUUUUGGGCCCGCAUGAAAUACAGAGCUUUUGUAACACGGAAGUGCUGUGAUGAGAUCAUGUCCAAAGACCCUUUGCAUUGGGCCUGGAGCAGGGAACGAGCAGCCCACCAUGGUGGUACCCUACAGAGAUACUUUGAGUAUGACUUGUUCCCUCGAGGACCUGAUUUCUCUCCAGUUAGCUGUGAGCUGUGCCAGAGAUGUAGCACUUCAGAAGACAACGGCUCAUUCUAUAGCGAUUCACCAGAGCUCUCACAUCUUUGUUAUGACAAUGAGGAUUUGCCUCAUGAACUCUACAAUUUGCCUCCUGGGCUUACUUUAGGUCCAGAGCCCACUUACAUUUACACUCGGCUGCUGUAG